AUGGGUGACUUUCUCGAUACAAACGAAAUGAUUGUCGAUGAUGACAAUACCGAACAGGUCAAGGCAUCAGCAACAAAAAGGAAGGGCAGAGGCUUCGGGCAACAGACUGCUGACUACCACCAUGAUGAAAUAAAUCAAGCUGGCUUCGAGUCUGUAGAAAACAAUGAAGCAACUGGGAAAGCACAACGAUCUGUGGAAGGAUGGAUUAUUCUCGUCACUGGCCUACACGAAGAAGCUCCAGAAGACGAUGUCAAGGAAAAGUUUGCAGAGUUUGGUGACAUCAAAUCACUACAUUUGAAUCUCGAUCGUCGUACUGGGUUUGUCAAGGGAUACGCACUGAUAGAAUACGAAACAUUCAAGGAGUCCAAGGCUGCCGUCGACGCUACCAAUGGAACCGAAUUCUUGGGGAAGCUCAUUCAAACUGACUUUGCCUUCAUUCGUGGUCAAAGCGCCAGCAAGAGUACAUUGCAGAACAGUAAUACACGUGGAAGAGGAAGAGGUGGAUUCCGUCGUGGUGCUGGUCGAUAG